CUUUAUUGGCUUAUACAAUUAAUCUGCGUAAAGUAUUGGUUCUGUGUGUCUGUCCUAUUCCAGUUAAAGAAUGAUGCUCUGAUUUCUGAAAGUGAGAGAUGUGAUGUUCAGAUGUGGUCUAGGAAAGAGUGUGUGUUCAUUGAUUGCAUGGAUUAUCUCUUCAUAAAAACUUUUCCCCUCUUUUUAUUUUCUAACCUUUCUAAAUCCAUAGCACUAGCACCACUGGUGUUGCUGGUGGUGAAAUUUAGUUUUAUAAGGCCAUGCUGUUGGGUAGAACAAGGAAACGGAAAGUUCACUGAUGGCAGUCCUGUGGUGGGUGCAGCAAUCCAUGGAAACCUCGCCUGUGUCCCGAGGAAACGCCAUGCCAAGCCUGCACAUCGCAAUUCCAAGGCCUGAUCGACCUACGGAAGUGCGGACUUUCACAUUUUAUCUUUCAAAUAUUGGCAAGGACAGCCCCCAAGGGAGUUUUGACUGUAUCCAGCAGUAUGUAUCUAGCAAUGGCAAUAUCCAUUUGGAUUGCCUUGGAAGCAUACAGGAUAAAAUCACCGUGUGUGCUACUGAUGAGUCCUACCAGAAGGCAAGGCAAAGCAUGGCACAGGCAGAGGAGGAGACUCGCAGCCGGAGCGCUAUAGUCAUUAAACCUGGGGGGAGAUACGUAGGCAAAAAGGUUCAGGUGCGUAAACCUGCACCAGGAGCUUCCGAUGCUGUUCCCUCCAGGAAGCGCCCAACGCCAGUCAACCUUGCCAGUGCAAUAAAGAGAGGCAAUAGUGCGAUUUCUCAGAGACCCUUCAAAGAUAGGGUUGUGCACUUACUGGCACUAAAGCCUUAUAAGAAACCUGAACUUAUUCUCAGAUUGCAGAAGGAUGGACUUUCUCAGCAGGACAAGGAUUUGCUGGACAACCUUCUGCAACAGGUGGCAAAUUUGAGUGCCAAGGACAGCACCUUCACACUGAAAGACUGUGUAUACAAAGAAGUGCAGAAGGACUGGCCUGGCUACUCUGAAGGAGAUCAGCAGUUGCUGAAGAGGAUACUUGUUCGGAAACUCUGUCAGCCACAGAACAGUAGUGGUUUUCAAGGAGAAGCGCCUUCCCUGAGUCCACCAAAAGACAAUGUGAACUCCAGCUCUCCUCCUCAGAAACGUUCCCAGCCUCUGGAGUUUAUCGAUCCCCUGGCCAACAAAAAGCCCAGGAUCUCGCAUUUGGCUCACAGAACUCAGCCCACUUUCAACGGGAAACUGAAUUCCUCCAAUGGGAAGGAUGCUCCUGCCCCUGUCCUGCCGCCGGCUGUCCCGGAGUCAGUGAGCUCCAGCUCCAGCUCCAGCCUCCCAGUGCUGGAGCUGCCGAGGCCUCACGAUCCCCUUUCGGAUGUCAGCAAUGACCUGACUCACAACGGCAGAGACUGUGAGAACCUGGAGACGGCUGACAGACUGACUCAUCCUUUGUCAACAGACUGUCCCCAAACGAGCAAGCACAAUUGCAGCUCGUAUGUAAAAACCAAGAAAAAAUCGAAAAAGCACAAAGACAAGGAAAAGGAGAGAAAGGAGAAGAAAAAUGAAGAGAAAUGCAAAGAGGAGAAGCAGGACUGUGAAGUAAUAAAAAAUGCUGACUUAGUUAGUGUUCCCCAGGAACAGGUCACAGGUUUAAAUGGAACAUGCAAUAAUUCUAGUGUACCAACAUCAACUUCAGAAAUGCCAGAUUAUUUAUUAAAAUACGCAGCCAUUUCCUCUUCGGAGCAGCGUCAGAGUUACAAAAAUGACUUCAAUGCGGAAUACAAUGAGUACAGAGACUUGCAUGCCCGGAUAGAGAGGAUAACUCGACGGUUUACGCAGUUAGAUGCCAAGCUGAAGCAGCUUUUGCAGGGCUCUGAAGAAUACAAGACCAUCCAUGAUCAAAUUUUACAGGAAUAUCGGAAAAUUAAAAAGACUAACCCCAAUUACAGCCAAGAGAAGAACCGCUGCGAAUACCUCCACAACAAACUGGCUCAUAUUAAAAAACUGAUAGCAGAGUAUGACCAACAGCAGUUUUAGCUGGCACUAAUCUGGACUGGGUAGGGCAAAAAAAUUCACCUGGACGUUACGUUCCCUUUUAUACAACUAGAUUCCUUUCAGAGAUGAGCAUUAAUUCAUCGUGGUUGAAGAACUUGGGGAUUACUUACGAUGCCGAAUCAGUCAUGUCCAUGUCUGAGCCGGGUCGCAAGCCCAGUGCCCGGCACGGUCCUCUCGAAUUUUAGCCUCUCUGAAUGUUGGAAUGUAACAAAUGAAAAAAUCUGCUUAUUUGAAGCCAGCGUUUGACACUUAAGGGAAAACUUGCCUAAAGCAAACGAAGCUCCCAAAGGUUAAGAAUCAGUAGUUUUCAUGGAUUAAAGUUUGGCAUGAAGUGUAAUUACCCCUGGCCCAGGUCCACUGGGUUACAAAUUGUCCUUCAAAUGGUGAGGAACUGGAAUGCUGCUAGGUUACCUCCUUCUCUGGCACCUGCGACUGUUCAUAUGCAAGCUGUCUGCUCUACAUGGCACCGCGUUAAAUACACCAAGUACCCAGAGCUCUCGUUGUUUGUUCCUGCUUUUGUCAUCUCCGGUGUGUGCUCUCUUGAGGUGGUUGUGUCAGUAGGAGGGGAUCAGCCCGGGGAUCUGCACUGAGUGCCUUGUGCAGUGCAGAGGUGGAUCCUUCAUGUAAAAAAAAAAAAAAAAAAAAAAAACCCACAAAACAAAACAACAAACAAAAAAACCCCACCACCAAUCUUUUUAUCCGCUUGUGCAUUUGGAAGCAGCAGGCAUAAACAUUUUGCAGUGGCCUCUCCAGCAUGUGCAGUCCAGUCUGCCUGCAUUAACCUUCACGUACCAAUGCUGGGAAGAUUGAGACCUGUCUGUCUUUGACUUUUAUAAUUUUAUACCAAGGCAGCCAAUUUUAUUAACUGCUAAUGAGACUAUGGUCUAUUUUUGUAUAAAAGAAAAGCAUCUUUUUCUAAAACUGUGCCUCCCUUUUCCUUUUAGGCCAAGUGUUUCAGAACCUUUCCUGUCUUAUAACUGCAGUAUUACUAAAGCUUAUUGGAUAGUUACCCAGAGAAGUUAUUUUAUUACCUGUACUGACCCAUAAGAGAGGAAGGGGUGGGGGGGGCGGGGGAUGUGAUGCUUUCUUCUGUUUUUUGUGUAUUUCCAAAGAAGCAGCAGCAGAAAAUCAUUCUCAGAACAGGCGCCCAAGCGUGAGAGAAGUAAGGUAGCGUUUUCCCAUGCGGGUCACUUCCACUGUUGUGCUUUAUCUAGCCAGCUUCUCGGUGCAGUCUUUCUUCUUGAUUUUUUUUUUUUUUGGACUUGAAGGGAACAUUUUUAGAGUAUGGCCAGGGUGUGAGAAACACGCCAAAAAGCACAAAGGUAUCCUUUAACUCUGCUAUUUCUUUCUCUCCCCUCUCCCCUUUUAAUCCUGCCAGCCUGUGUGAUUUGACUUCUUCCCGCUUCCGUUUAUCUCAAAGUAAAGGAUUACUUUCCUGUGGCGUCUCCUUCCCUUGGAGGUUGCACUGAAGAGUCUUUCACCCUUUGAAGGAGCGGAAUGGCAGAGUUAAGGAGGGAAACAGUUCUUACACAAGGAGUAUUUUUUUUUCUGCCCCCCCCCC